UCAAACAUUUUAGCUUAUGGCCUUUGACAGAGAUUACGAGUUUGUCAGUUCCUUGGCAUCGCAUUUUGUGAAUGCAGUUUGUGCACAAGGACUACCGUCGGACGUGCGAAUGUUCCCGGGUUGAUCAGCUGUUGGAUAAAACCAAACUUCGUGAGAUUGUUCGCAUGUAUUGUCGAUCCAUCAGGAGUAGCUGCAUCUGCUGACCAACAAUCGCAACCCGUACCCACCCUAGGCCAGCGCGACGUACAACAUGCAGAUUUACGGACAGCACGAUACGGUCGUGCACGCGUGGAACGCCGUGGACAUCCUCGUUGACGAUGUGAUGCAGCACGGCCGUGUGAUCGACGUGGCGGACAAGGGACUGAUCAUUGACAUGGAAUGUCGUGGUCAGCGCGCGCAGUUCAUCGAAUACGGACAUAUCUUUCUCGCCAUCCCACCAGCGUACUUUUUAAAUGCCCUUCAAGAUCGUAAUGUGCAAGUCCUUCUGCGAGCGUCCCCCGAUGGCCCGUGGCAGUGGUUCGCGGGUGAGACGGUCUCCGAGAACAAUUUCUACUGGUGGGUUACCGUGGAGGCGCAGCUGCCGCAUGGCGUCGUCACGGAACUGCUGCCCCGGGAGCAGGUACGGCGACCGCCCUCGGACAGCUUACUGGACAGCCGCCGUGUGCGCAUCAAGGAAUUUGAACGACGUACCUGCUGUCCCUUGCCCGCGGUAUGGGCCGGUGCGUCGGCGGUGCUGCAAGAUACCUGCCGGUUGCACGCACAGCGAAUGCUGUCGAUCUGGUGUACGAAAGUGCUUCGACGCACACUGGUGUAUGUGCAGCGUUCCCGGGAUCAUCCGCUGCAACCGCAGCAGCUGGAAGCUGUGUGCCUUGGAGCGUUGGAGGAGUAUAACGAGGAGACUAUUCCUCGGCAGUCGUUCAGUGCGGUUGUCAUGCCGCCGGCGAAACGAAAGCGUACAGCCAGCUGGGAAAGGGAGGAUCGCCUGGCUUUACCCAGUGAGCUGCUUGUGGAAGUCCUUCAGUCGCUGGAUUCCAUAGGACGCACGCGUUGCCGGCGCGUGUGUGCCAUGUGGGACCGCCUUCUAACCACCGGACCACACUUCCCUGAUGUGCAUGUGUCGAACAGAGAGGACCAUCCCCUGUCCGGGAUGGAGCACAAAUUCUGGAUGUUAACCAGUCUGCUACACACCGUCAGUCGUCGCACAAAAAUAAUCAUUCUGACGCAUAUGGAUCUAGGCGACGGCUACGAUGCCGCGGGCAUGAUCCGCUAUCUGUGUACGGUCAGCGGGGGCGGCCGCAUCGGGACACUGGUGCUAUACCAGUGUAACUGGCCCGCUACGCGGAACUUCACUAUCGACAAAAUCCUGUCCUGUCACGGCAGUAUCAUGAAACUGUGCGGCACGGUGGAGCGGGUGGUGUGGUCCAAAUGCACGCUGGCCGACCGGAAUCUGACGGCCGUCGUGUCGCAGUAUGCGCACCGCUGCCAGCCACCUGAACAGCUCGAAAUGCAGCUGUGGGAUCUCUUUGAGAAGCAUAUCGUUGUGGAGGAACCGGUGGAUCGGACCAUGUUGCAAGCAUGGAUCGCACUGUGCAUCGAGCACGGGGUAUUUGCCAUGUGCGGCCUGGAAAGGGGUCUCCACGGUUAUGUGAAUGCCGAUCCGCGAUCCAGCCAGCACCGGCGUUGCCUGUGGACGGUCGCCGUCCUGGCGGGGUUCGACGUCAAUCAGCUGACUCCGCUGGCUGCCGCGGCUUUGUACCGCAUCUUGAAGGAGGUGGCGCAGAGGCUGUCGUCUGCCGGUGCUUCGCAGAUUUGCAUUCUUGAUGAUGUGUAAACUCCGUAAACCCGCUUUCUACUGUUAGUGGUCCCUUUAAUUCAGUAGCGUAGCGCGCCGUAGUAUGGUUAAU